AUGUUGGACGCGCGAGUCAACGCCGUCCCUUCCCCGCCGCACUUCUCCGCCGCUCCUUCCUCCCUUUUUGACCGCAAUCGCGCGAUGAUGACGUCAGACGCCAUGACGUCACACCCCAACUCGAUGACGUCAGGCCGCAAAGCUGUAUCGUCAGGGCAUAAACGAGUCUUAGCAGGGCGCGGGGAAGCGGAGCCGACAGGGGCGCGUGGCGACGAUAGCGCGAUGGCGAUGGAAGAUGAUUGCUUCUUAAAGCCACCGGGCGCGGAGGGGCGCGCGGAUGGGCGCGCGGGGGUAGGGGCGGAGCUGCGGGAGGGCAGUCCGGGGCGCGAUGGCGCGCUGAUGGGCGCCCGCGCGCCUGUCGUGCGCGAUGGAGCCGGCGGAGGCGGGGAAAAAGGGGGAGCGGAGAGGGUGAGGGCAGGGGGAGAGGGCGCGAGGGGAAGCGGAGAGGAGGCGAGGGAAGGGGGCGUGGCGCGCGGUAGCAGUAGGCCCCGGCGCGCGAGAGUGGCCAGCAGUGGCGACGCCGUCAACGCGGGCGCCGCCAGUGCAGGCGCGGUUCCAGGACCAGGCACUGCAGCAGCGGACGCCGCACACACAGCAGAUGCGCAAGCAGCAGCAGCGGCGCCGCUGACGCGCAGAUUUCCCACGGCCCCGCAAACAGUCCAUUCCGCCAAGCCUGCUGCGCCACUCAGCAACAGCGGCGAGGGGGGGGCGGGUGCGGCCGAGGGGACGUGGCCGGGCGAAAUGGUGGGGGAGGGGGGAAGACGGGGGGAAGCGGGGGAGCAGAUGCGGGUUGGGGCGAGGCCGGGCAGUGGUAGAGCGGGGAUGAGACGAGGGCUCGGGGUGGGGCAGGCGGGCGCGCGCAUGGGCGCGGGGAUGGGAGGGGGAGGCGGGGCGCAGAGGCCUGUGACUGCUGGCGGCAGGCUGGUUGUGGCAGGGGCCGGCAACAGCCGAGGCGGUGAGGGCAGCGAUGCAGCAGGCAGCGAGACGGGCGUGGGCGAUGGGGGGAGCUGGAAGGCCCGCCCGACACACGCUCAGCAGGGCGUGGGGCAGCAGGGCGUGGGGCAGCAGGGCGUGGGGCAGCAGGGCGUGGGGCAGCAAGGGGUGGGGCAGCAGGGCGUGGGGCAGCAGGGCGUGGGGCAGCAGGGCGUGGGGCAGCAAGGGGUGGGACAGCAGGGGAUGGGGCAGCAGGGGAUGGGGCAGCAGCAGGGCAGCGCAGGAGGGCAGAGUGGGGCGGGGCAGGAGCAGCAGAGGAGGGAGCGGCGGCAUGUGCGGCAGGCGAGUCUGCAAGUGGACGCAGUGCAGCGCCUGCACGGCACCAAGGGCUCCGCCUCCCCUCCCCACGCACCAGCCAUGCCCCUGCCCCGCCGCCCCCACACCGCCCUCGCCCGCUCCCCCUCGCCCUCCCCCUUUCCUCCGCCCUCCACCGCUGCGCCGCCUGACGCGCGUUCCUCCUCGUCCCGCUCCGCCACCUCCUCCCCCUCCCCCCCUAUCCGCCCCCAGCCCCCCUCGCCCCAAGAGGACCGCUCCCCCCGCGGCCUCUCGCAGUCCCCCCCGCGUGGGGGUCCCCCCGCGCCCCUGCACGCGGCAGCAUGCGCGGAAGCAGGGGGGGGCAGCGAGGGUGAGACAAGGGGGUCCGCGAGGGCGGGGGAGAGGGGCGGAGGAGGGGGGCGGGGUGGGGUGAGAGCGAUGGGGCGGAGCAAGGCGAGUGGCAUGGGGCGGGCGAAGGGUGUGAUGGGCGUGGAGCGAGCGCAAAUGGGAAUGGAAAGAGGUGUGAUGCGCGCAGAAGCAGGGGGGGCGAUGGAGGGAGUGGAUGGAGGGGCGGCGGGCGGACGAGGCAUCCCUGAAGGGGCACACAGUUCCCUGCGCCAGCAACCGCUGCACGGUCCAGUCAGCGCUGACGUGGCACCAGCAGCAGCAGCAGGAGCAGCAGGAGCAGAAGCGAGCUCGCAUUGGAAUUCAAAUAAUCAUGGUGGCAGUGAGAGAGGGGGUGAGGGGAAUGGAGUGGUUGGGGCUGUUGCAGAGGCCAGGAAGGUCCGUGCAGGCGGGCAGAGCAGCACAGGCAGCAGCACUGAGCUUGCGCCACGAGCGGGCGGCAACGGACGGCUGCGAUCGAGUGUGAGUUUCGGGCAGGCCAGUGCGUGUGAGCUGCGCUCUGCUGCUGCUCCCACUGCCACCGGCACUGGCGCUGCCGCCACUGGCAGCAGCGGCGGCACCAGCAGUGCAGGGGAUAGCAGCGAACGAGGUGGGGAGGGGGAGGGGGAGGGGGAGGGGGAGGGGGCGGGGGCGGGCGCUGCAGGGGGCAGGGCGGAGAUGGUCGCUGGCAGCAGGGCGGGCGGCGCGGAGGGGCAUGCAAAGGGAGGGGCGGGGCGGCGGUUAACUCGCGCCCUGAGCGCCAUGGAGGGGCGCGGUCAUGCGCCUUGGGGGCCAGCUGCAGGGGCUGGGGAGGGCGGUGGGGGGAGUGGUGGUGGUGGGGGGGGGGGACAGGGCUCCAAAGGGCUGAGUGAAGGGGAGGGCGCAAGUGGUGGGCUGGGGAGGCAAGGGGGGGCGAGGGCGCGUCCAGAGCAGAUGGCGGGGGAGGAAGGCAGAGAAGGCGAGAGGGGGGGAGGAGGGGUGAGUGCAGGUGAGAGCAGUGGGUUCAAUGGCAGGGGAAGAAAGGCGCGAGAGGGACCCGCCAGAAGUUCGGGUGGGGAAGGGGGAGCAGCAGCAGCAGGGGUGGCGAGACCCGAGGCACACACAGGUGCCGCUGUGGCCCUCGCUUCUGCCCCUUCCCCCGGUAGUGAGUCGGGGAGGGGCAGGGGCGUGCAGAUGGGUGGGGAGAGGUGGACAGCGGCACAGAGGGCUGCAGCACGGGACAUGCAGUGGGAGAGGGAGCGGGAGAGGGAGAGCGGCAGGGGCAGAGCGACCCGCGGGAGAGAGAGGAACCGGUCGAAUCCUGCCACUCCCACAGGCACCUCCCGCACACCACGAGGGGCCGUGGAGGGUGGGGGGACGCCGAGGGGUGUGGCGGAGGGAGGAGGGGGUGCUGCGGGUGAAGGGGCGGAGGGAGGGGGCGGGUCAGGGGAAGAAAAAGCGGGGCGUGCACGUGCAAGGCGGGGUAGGAAGGGUGCGGGCGAGGGGGGGGUGAGGCGAGGGGAGGCUGGUGAUGAGGGUGAGAGGAGUGGCGGGGCGAGUGAUGGGAUGGUGGAGGGAGGGAGUGUGCGGCAGCAGAGAGGCUUAGAGGAUGGGCGGAAAGGGCGAGAGGGAGGUAGAAGGGGCGGGGAGAGCAGUGAAAGUGGUGUGGUUGGAAGGGAGAGAGAGGGGAGAGAAGCGGCACAAGUGGAGGGUCUAGGAGAGGAAGGGCCAGGGGGCAUGGCAGGAUUGGGUUCAUCUGGCUUCAAGGGGUUGGCACAACGACGGAUGCAGCAGCAGGCGCAGCAGCAGACAGAGCAACUGCAACAGCAGGCGCAGCAGCCGCAACAGCAGCAGCAGAGGGAGAGGGAGGGGCAGGGGUGGCAGCAUGGGCAGGCAGUGCAGGGGGAGGCAGAGAAUGGGAGUGGCAGCAGAGGGGGCAGCGCACAGGAGGGCGAGGUGGAGGUGGGUGCAGUGGGUGGUGGGGGCGGGGUGGGUGGGGCAGGCGGGGUGAGGGGGCGGCGAGGGGAGGUGGUGACAAGCCGGCCGUGGCACGCGCGUGUGGGGGAGGGGAGGGGUGGGCGCGCGUGGGACGAGUCAGCAGCCAUCGGGGCGCCGGUCACGCUGCUUGCUGCCGUGGGCAGCGGCAGUGCGGCGGAACUUGCAGUACGGUCCAUGCCAUUCACUGGGGUUGCUGCUGCUGCUGCUGCUGGGGUUGCUGGUGGGGUUGCUGCUGCUGCUGGGGUUGCUGGUGGGGUUGCUGGUGGGGGGGGUGCAUGUGAGGCGAUGCCGCUGACGCCGCCUGUGCUGUCCCUCACGGAGCAGCGCCUGCUGGCAGCCCGGCACGGCGCAGCAGGGAGUGCAGGGGGCGGAGCAGCAGGGGGGGCAGCAGUGGGGGGCGGCAGGAGGGGGGCGCGAGCCAUGGUGAAGAGCAUGUCCAUGUCCGCCGCCGACCUGCACCUUGUGCCCUCGCCGCACGCCACUCCGCCCCCUGACGCUUCUGCCGGGAGGGUUGCCAUGGGCACCGGUGUAAGCACCGGCGUGGGAGCGGGCGUGGGCGUGGGAGCGGGCUCUCGAUCUAUGGCCAUUUCUCGCACAUCCUCCUCCUCCGGCCGCCCCGCAUUCCCACACGCUGCUUCUACUUCUGCUGCUGCCGCAGCUGCAGAAAGUGCGUCUGCGCACUCACUUGCCAUGCACCCCGGCCAAUCCGUGCCUCCUGCCAGUGACACUGCAUCAGCCGCCAUGUUCCUGGGCAUGGGCCUCCCUGCCGCUCGCAACUCUGAUACCUCUGAGCGCCUGCUUCGCCUCACAGCGCGGUGGAGCGAGGUGCAAAGCGGUGGCGGCGGGCGGACGGGGGCAGGAGUGCACUCGGAUACGCCAAGGCUGGGCAGCGGCGUGGGGGGAUCCAUGGACCUGCGGCGAGCAGCCUUCCAUGCAAGCAUGGGCGCCGGCACGAGCAUGGGUGCAAGCAUGGGCAUGGGCGUGGGUAUGGUGGGCAUGGGCACGGUAGGAGGGAGGGUUGGCGGGGGCAUCCCAGCAUGUUCGAGUGCGGAGGCGGAUGUACCCGCGUGGGCGGCUCCCCAAGGGGACAGUGGGGGCGCAGAAGCAGGUGGGGGGAGUGCAGCAGCAGGUGCAGGUGCAAGAGGUGGUGGGGCGGGCAGGCGGGCAGGAGGAGGCGGUGCGAGCGGGCGGUCUGGGCUGGGAGGAGAGGGGGGCCUCACCCGCGGUGGGUCGGGUGUGAGUGGUGCUGUGAGUGGUGCUGUGGGCGGUGGGAUGAGAGCAGGUGCACCUGCGGGUGCUGCGCUGCGGCGCCAUGGCAGCAUGUCUCUGCACCAGCAGCUCGUGGCUCCUCCUGUUGGCACGUGGCAGGAGCAGGCCGUGCAAGGUAAGCAGCUCAAGAUGAAAAGUGCCAUAGCCGCUGCCACAGCCGCCGCUGCUGCUGCUGAACCCGCUCUUGCCACUGCUGCUGGCACUGCUAAUUCUGCAUCUGCAGCGGCAGCGGUGGUGAGUGGGAGUGGGUUGCAGGAGAAGGCAGUGAGAGCGUAUCCAUUGGCGAGGGCGCACACGACAGCAGCUCGCAGCACACUGCGCACGCCUCCCUCUGCUGCUCUCUUUGACUCGCGCAGCUUCAGCAGCCGCGCCACUCCCCCUGCCUCCACCAGCAGCAGCGGUGCCAGCACCACAGGUGGUGGCAGCAGUGGCACGAGCAGCAGCGGCAUGUGCAGCAGCGGUGCUGGUAGCAACGGCGGGGUGAGCAGCUCGUCCAGUGCCAUCACAGCCUGCAGUGCCACGCUCACUGGCAGAAUGCUCACCAGCACCUCCUUCACCACCACCAGCACCACCACUAGCACCCUACCCACCACCACCACGUUUUCCACCAGCGCCACUGCUGGUGGUAGUGCGAGCAGCAGCAGGGGCUUCCAUCGUGCCGCCACUCUGAACGCGCGCUCCCUCGGCCUCUCCCUGAACGCGCCUGCCCUCUCUGCCCUGCCUGCGCCUGACGUGCAUGGGGCGCCCUCCUGCCCUGCCGCAGCUGGUGCUGUGCCCGGCACGGGCAGCACCCGGCAUGAGCUUGCCCGCAGCGCCAGCAGCAGCGCUGCCAGGCUUAGGGGCGCGGCGGUGGGGGUCGGGGUGAGAGGCGGGUGGGAAAAGGGGAUGUUGAGGAGUGAUGGUGGGCGGGAACAGAGCGGAGGUGGGAGAGAGGGGAGCGGAGGAGGGAGAGAGGGGAAUGGAGGUGCAAGAGAGGGGAGUGGAGGAGCAAGAGAGGUGAGUGGAGGAGGGAGAGAUGGUAGCAGAGGAAGAAGAGGGGGUAGUGGAAAAGGGAGAGAGGGGAGUGGAGGAGGGAGAGAGGGGAGUGGAGGAGGAAGAGAGGGAAGUGGAGGAGUAAGAGAGGGGAGUGGAGGAGUAAGAGAGGGGAGUGGAGGAGUAAGAGAGGGGAGUGGAGGAGUAAGAGAGGGGAGUGGAGGAGUAAGAGAGGGGAGUGGAGGGGACGGUGGCCAUGGGGGCAUGGGCAUGGGCAUGGGCAUGGGCAUGGGCAUGGGCAUGGGCAUGGGCAUGGGCAUGGGCAUGGGCAUGGGCAUGGGCAUGGGCAUGGGCAUGGCCAUGGGCGUGGAUGGGGUGAGUGCAGGAGGCAACAGAGCAGUGAGGCUGUCCUCUACAGCCAGCUCGCUGGACCUCGCUGUGCCCUCUGCUGCUGCUCUUGCUGCCUCCGCCUCUGCUGCUCGCCCGGCUGGUACUGCUGGCGUGGGCACAGCCGGUUGGAGGGGGGAUGCACGGAGGAGAGGGGGCAAUGAGGGCGGUGGGGAGGAGAGGCGGGGGGAGGAGGAAGGGAAGGUGGGCAAGGAGGAGGCGGUGACGCCGUCGAAGGCGAGCAGAGAGGACAGUGUGACGCCCAGCCGCCUGUCGCGCGCCCGGCGAGCUGUUCUGAGUGCUGCUGGUAAGGAGCGGCGGCGCGCUGCUGGGAAGGGUGGUGAGGGAGAGGAGGAAGAGGAGGAAGAAGAGGAGGAAGAAGAGGAUGGAGAGGAGGAGGAAGAGGAGGAGGAGGCUGAGGAGGUGGGAGGGGAGGAGGGAGUGACAGACGCUGAGAGCGAGGAGGAUUCAAGCAUUCCUGUGGCGGCCCAGGCAGUCAGUGCGCACCAUAGCAGCGGAGAGCAGAGUGGAGCAGCAGCAGCAGCAGGGGGCAAGGGCAAGGCGGGGCUGCUGAGCAAGGCAGCCAAGGGCAUGCGGGGUCUGGGCGACCGCAUCACACGGGCGCGGCUGAGGCUGCUGCAGGGCGGGCAGGCGGACGUGCUGGGGAGGGGGUUCUCGGACGUGCGUGGGGAGUAUGACGUGGACGGGGGCCAGCAGGUGGGCAGCGGGCAGUUCGGUGUCAUCCGCGUGGUGACACACCGGGCAACUGGAGAGCGCCUGGCGUGCAAGUCCAUCAGCAAGACGUGCCUCAAGUCGAAGGCGGAUGCGGCGGACAUAAGGAGGGAGGUGGCCAUACUGGAGCAGCUCAAGGACCACCCCAAUGUCGCCCGCCUCGCUGCUGCCUUUGAAGACCCCAAGGAGGUGCAUCUGGUGAUGGAGCUGUGUGAGGGCGGGGAGCUGUUCGACCGCCUCAAGGCGAAGCGAGUGUACGAGGAGGGCGAGGCGGCAGCAGUGCUGCGCACGCUGGUGGACGUGCUGAGGCACUGCCACGCCAUGGGGGUGGUGCACCGCGACGUCAAGCCCGAGAACAUCCUGCUUGUGUCGCAGCACAGCGACACCGAUGUCAAAGUCAUCGACUUUGGCAUUGCUGCCUUCUACAAGCCUUCGCGGCCGCUGACGGAGUUUGUGGGGUCGCACUACUACAUGGCGCCGGAGGUCAUCGAGGGCAGCUACGGCCCACCGGCGGACGUGUGGAGUGCAGGAGUAGUGCUGUACGUGCUGUUAUCAGGAGUGCCGCCCUUCUGGGCGCGCUCGGAGGACGGCAUCAUGCAGGCCAUCCUGGACUGCCGCCUGCGCUUCAAGCCCGAGGUGUGGGGCAAGCGCUCCCACCUCGUGCAGGACCUCAUCCGCCGCAUGCUCACACGGGAUCCCAACCUCCGCAUCACCCCCGCUGGCGUUCUUGCUCAUCCGUGGAUGGCAUCUGCAGCGCAAGCAGAUGAGUCGCAGCCGCAGUGA